UUCUGCUCGUACAAAUCAGCGAUAGAGCAAAACACCUGUCAAGAAAUCCUACAAGUGUGGAUGUAUAUCAAAACUAUACAGAGAGCCUUCCCUUCCCAACAGUGGCAAUUUGCAACUACAAUCAGUUAAGACGUUCCAUGGUAGAGGGUACCGAACUGGGAGAUUUCCUGCAAACAUACACAUUCGAUUAUCAUUCUAUCAAGACUAUGGAUACUUCGAGUCCAUUUUUCCCCCUAUUAAGCAAUCACACAAUGACCGAUAUUUUCACCACUUACGGACAUCAGCUUGAGCAAACAGUUGAAUUUGCUAUCUUCGGGAAGACAAGAGCUCUUGAUCGUGACACUUACUUCUCGACAAAGAUUACCGACUUCGGCCUUUGCACUGUCUUCAACGACGCGGAGAGUGGAAAUCCACCUUUACUUAUCAAACGCCCUGGUGCUCUCAGUGGCUUGCAGCUUCGGUUAAAUGUCGAGGCAGCGGAAUACUUUUGGAGUCCUUCUUUCCGACCGUCAUCAGGGUUCCAGAUUGUUAUAUAUGAAUACGGUUCACAACCACUCAUAGAAGACCAAGGCUUUGGGAUAGCACCCGGCACCCAUAGCCAUAUUGGGGUUGAAGUGAUAGAGGCUUUGAACCAGGAACCCCCGUACGGAUUGUGCCACGACAAACAACUGAAGUAUUUUGAUCGCUACGGAUACGCCGAGUGUUAUCUCGAGUGCAUGGGCAAUUUUUCUGUCAAUGCUUGUGGAUGCUCAGGCUGCGGAGUAUUUAAUGUAAGUGAUGCGCAAGAAUGCACUCUUUGGGAAACCUUCACGUGUACGUCUGGAUCGUUCGCUGACUUUGUUGAGAACGAGACGUGUGAUUGUCCCGUGGCUUGCCGUGUCCUAACCUAUCAACCAUCCAUCUCAACCACCAAAUACCCAACCACAACGUGGGCCGAAUAUUACCAAUCCAUCAGCCUGAAUUGA